CCUUGGAGAAAUUAAGAGAGAAAUAUGAAUAUGAAGGCUAUUUUCAUGGUUGUGGCUGCAGCUUCACUGAUAUUGGUGUUUUCUAAUUUCAUUGAAGCCUCAGAAGGAAUGGAUGUUAUGCAUAUUACUGGGAAAGUUCUCUGUCAAGAUUGUACUCAGGGAUGGAAUGAAUGGGUUGAUGGUGCCAAAGCUAUCAAAGGUAGUGUGGUAUCUCUGACAUGCCUGGAUGAGAGGAGAAGAGUGAUGUACUACGGAAGUGACCUCACAGAUGAAGCUGGAAUUUUUGACUUAAUUGUCAAUAGGACCUGUCAUGGCAAAACAAUUAAGCCACAAAAUUGCUUUGUGAGAUUGGUUUCUUCACCUGACCCUGUUUGCAACAUUGCCACUGACUUUGCUGGAGGAAAAUCAGGCAUAAAGCUCCACCAUCCGGCGGUCGUUUACCGAGACUUGCUCAAAUAUGUGCUUAGCCCUUUCUACUACACAACUCUCAUGUGUGAUGAACCUGAUACCAAUGAUGAUGAUAAUUUGGAGACUGAUGGUGAUAAAGAUCAAAGCAACUAUUAACUAAAGUUCUUAAUUUUUUUUUAAACGGUCUUUUUUAUUUCAUUUUAAUGAUUGUUUUCAAUUUGCCCCUUUGCAAAUAGGCAAUUUACCUGUGCUGGAUGAGUUGACGGUUUUAUUUUGUACUAAUUACUUGCAAAGGAAUAUAUAUCAAAUUAAUUGGA